GGAAAAUGAUUUCAAGGGUCGUACGAAGUAUGGCGGUGAUUCUCUGCUCCGUGCUGACGCGAAGUCCGUUGACGCCACUCACUUUCCGCCACCGGCCACCUCCGCCGAUGAUCUCCGCCGCCGCAUCCUCCCUCCUUGUCUCCCUCCUCUUGCUUCUGCUAACUCUCGCAUCCAGUUCACCUCCUCCGUUCAACGCUUCUCUCCAUAUCCUACAGGAUGUCGUGAAGGCGAUAUCUUCGAAGCAGAAAUGGGAUGGGGAGAGCGUGACCGUCUCGGAGCUGGACUUGCGGCGGGCCAGGUACGGGAGCUUCCAGAGGUACGAUUUCCGGGUCCAGGUCGGGAAGGCGGAUCUGUUCUUCAAGUUCUCCGACGACGUCGCCGGUUGGAAGAAGUUUCGGAACUUCGAAGGGGAUUUGGGGGAUCUGGUGAAGUUCGUUAGCUCGAAGUCGGCGGUUGGGUCCUUCAAGGCGGAGGGUCCGCUCGAGUUGCGGGUCGAUGGCGAUCACGACUUGUCGCUGCUGUUGCCGCUCAACACCACACAUGGGGGCCUCAGACGCGUCUUUGUUAGUGAAGGCAUCACGGUGGAAGUGAAUGGAGCCCGUGAAGUUUUCCUUUUCUAUGAACCUGAUCUGCAGACUUCUGAUAACAGGACUGUCACUAACGAGGCAAAAAGUGGGCCCUUGCCCAAUUUUCAGACUCGCUGCAUGCCCUUAUUUCCUAUACAUAUCAUAGGACCUGCUUCGGUCAUUGCCUAUAGGACUCGCAAUCGUGGGGCCCGCAUCGAGACUCACUCACCGACUGAAGGAACAAUCGAGUUGCUUCCCGAGAAAUGUUACAGCCACAAUUUACAUAGAAAGUUCUCUUGCCCAAUCAAUUCUUUGAGCACGAGGAUUGCCACGAUGGAACGAGUCCUGAUGAGCCUGAAGGGUGACAGAGCACACCAGAAGGGGCUCUUGGAUUUUGUGAAAGCAAACAUAAAAGCCUCGACAUAUCUCCAUUUUCGGAUACAGCUAGAAAGGAAUCUAACUGCUACCAACAGGGUUAGGCUCGACGAGUGGAGGACAAGGCCUGGGGUGGAAAGGGUCUGGUUUGAGGUGUUAGUGAAGCUCGAGGGAGAGCGGAUAAAGCCAGUCGUAGUAAAGAAGGUUAGGCCUUUUAUAGCAGUGGAUACAGUUGAUUGGAAUAGUCUAAUGUCGAAUGUUUCCUUCACCAAGUUCCCUCCUGUUCUUGUCCCUCCCGAGGCUCUCACUUUGGACGUCAAGUGGUAGUGCGAGGAGGAGAUUUCUGUCUCUCUGUAACAUAAUAAUGCUUUGUCUUAUUUUUUUGUGUAUUUUUGAGGUUAUUUUUUGCUUUUUCAUGUUGUCUUGCGGCUGAGAGAUGUCGUUUGAUGGAUAGAAUCAAAAGCUAUGAGCUGUAAAACAGCAGACUACACUCCUCAUAGUUGGGUCUGUAAAUAACUUCUUGAAGAAAAUUGCAGAUAAAGGAAGGUUCGGUUUUCGUUCA